CAGUGAUUACUUGUCGAAGGGAUCAGGGGCUAAAGGGCCAACUCCGGAUACGCUACCCCUCUUCCAAGAGAAAACAACGGGCAAGUCCAAAAUGAAACAGUGGGUGGACUUGGUGAAGAAAUUUGAACGUGGCGAGCGAGCAAAGCGAAGUGACCGUAAUACGGCGUUGCAUCAGUCGGGUACUCAACUGUUUGACUUGCAGUUCGAGAAGUUCAGCGAUAUUGUGGCAUCGGCUAUCGACCAUUUAGAGAACAAGCCCGUGCAGACCCAUGCGUUUGAUCAGCUCAAUGUGUGGUGGCAGCCAUAUCCGUCUAUAAACAAGGAUAUGCAUGUCACGAAAGGGUUCAAAAAGGUAA